UCCCAGACUGUGCUAAUAUCCCCACGCAGCGCAGAGAGCAGUCAGAGCUCAGUCUCCGGGCUCCGUCGCAUCUGCAGGCGCAGCAGCCGAGCAGUGGCGCGGGCUCCCGCUCUCCUCCGCUCAGCCAGCGCUUUGCUUAUGGGCUUCUGCUGGAGCCCGGCUGCGGUAGAGCUGAAAGCGGCGGCGGGAGAUCAAACUUAAACCCCUCUGUGGACUGUAACUCAGAGAAAGGAGAGGGAGAGAGAGAGAAGGGACCCGAGGAGGAGGCUGCCUUCACGUCAUUGCAGGAUGUUCUGGAAGCUUUCUCUGUCCUUGUUCCUGGUGACUGUGUUGGUGAAGGUGGCAGAAGCCCGGAAGAACAGGCCUGUGGGUGCCAUCCCCUCACCUUAUAAGGACGGCAGCAGCAACAACUCAGAGAGAUGGCAUCACCAGAUCAAGGAAGUGCUUGCCUCCAGCCAGGAGGCCCUGGUGGUCACCGAGCGCAAGUACCUCAAGAGUGACUGGUGCAAGACCCAGCCACUGCGGCAGACGGUGAGCGAGGAGGGCUGCCGCAGCCGCACCAUCCUCAACCGCUUCUGCUAUGGCCAGUGCAACUCCUUCUACAUCCCGCGGCACGUGAAGAAAGAGGAGGAGUCCUUUCAGUCCUGCGCCUUCUGCAAGCCCCAGCGUGUCACCUCGGUCCUGGUGGAGCUCGAAUGCCCCGGGCUGGAUCCACCCUUUCGACUCAAAAAAAUCCAGAAGGUGAAGCAGUGCCGAUGCAUGUCCGUGAACCUGAGCGACUCUGACAAGCAGUGAACGCCUGGCGCUGGACGCAGCUCAGCACUGCGCUGCGCGCCCUGGUCGCUGGGUCGUGUCGCCGCCGCUGCCUCGGUCCCCGUCCUCUGAGCUCACUCACACGCUGUCUAGUGUUCUCCCCUCAGCAGCAAGCACGUCUUUUGGGGCUGACGGUGUCCGUGUCACAAACGUGGAACGCAAGUGGAGCUUUGCUGAUGUAUUUCUGACUGACUCGGAGCCCUGCCUGGAGCUCCAGAACUAGCUUGUGGAUCAGGCCCCGAUGGAAAGAUGCUGGAAACCUCUCCGCUAGCCCCAGCAGUCAGAGAGGACUUUAGUUGAUGCAUUGUAAAUCCAGCAUGGAUGUUUCCACCAUGUGGAAGCGAGUAUUUCCCAGGCCUCAUCCUACACUCCAGCUUGCCCCCUUUCCUUGUAAAGGGUGCAUCACUCGUCUGAGCAGCCCCUCAAACUUCUCCUGCUGUUUUCCUGGACCUCUGGGGGUGGUGAGAAUUCAUUCUUGUGGUUUUGCUGCUGCUGUGAUACUGAUUUGGACAAUGUCCUUAAAGGAGAUGUCCAGGGCCAGAGGGGCUCCAAACAAACCCGAAACCAAGAAAACCACUGAGCCACUUGGAUCAAGUGGGCUUUCCUGGGGACCUUGCUUUCAGCAGGCCACACCCUUCCAGGAGACAUCACCACCUUUUCUUCCUUACUCCCCAGCCUCCAUCAGUGGACUUGAGAUGAACUCUAGUGUGCAUGCUAUUAUCGCUGCAAUUAGAAUAUUAUCACACACAAGGUCUCUAUAUUAACGCUGGUUUUAUAAUUGACCUAUAUUGUAAAGAGCUGUUAAAAAGUAUUAUAGACCUAUCAUGUAUUGUUUCACAUGUUUUGACUCUGGCCUUGCAGCACCAUUCUGAGUAGGGAGGACAGCAGGUGAUGAUCUGCCAAAAAGGUAUUUUUUACUCAGACAUAAUGCCUGGUCAGCAAUUCACUGUCGUGCACCUCUUUUAGAUUGGGCAGGGAAAUGGGCAGAAUCAUGCUUUUACUUUGAAUAUUAUGUCACUGAAGGUACUAAAGCAUUGCAGCACAAUAUAGAAAUUAGGUUGGGGUGGAUGGGUGUGGGGAGGGGAAUUCAUUGGGAAGUUAUUAACUCAAAAUCCCUUAUGCAUAUGUGGGGUGACACAGGAUGCUAUUUUCACUGCCAUAACAUUAAGCAAAAUUGUUUCCUGUUUAAAGAUGUAUUUAAGAAUAUAAGGAACUGGGUCACUUUGUGGUGCAGGAGGAAGUAAAGGAUUAACAUAUAAAGAAUAGUAAUAUAGUUGAACUGUCCUACGGAAAAUAACUAGUAUCCCUUCCAAAGAAUAGACUUUAAAAGUAUGAGCAAACAUUAGGUCACCUUUCAUUUUUUCUAAUGAAUUGUCAAAGUUUCCAUGUUGUGGUCUCUUGAUAUGAGGAAAUUGACAUAAUUUAUGCUCUCACAAAACUAUACUCAGUUUGAAUCUCUUUGCUAAAUUUCCCCAGGAAGGCUUCCCUGUGAGUGAUGUUUAUGGAAUCUGACAAAUGUGAAUGAGAUGCCAUUGGUGGGAAUGAGCGUACUCUAAAAGCCUUUCUCUGAUAAUUUCUAAGCGAGUGUUCCAGCCAAAGGGUCAGUUUCCUAGUAUAUGUGUGAGACCCUCUGCAAAUUGCUCUGGAGACUGAAACUGACACUAGGCAGUAACAGUGGAUCUAGAGUUUGUCACCUGGAGAACAAGGGUUGGGGUGGGGCGUAGCAUGUUGGUGAAUCUGUUUCCUGCUGCUGCACUGCAAGUUGUAUAUUUCUGUCACUUCCGUAACACCACAAAACCUGAGCACAGACUGUGCUAUUAUGAAUGGGGUUUUGGCUUCAGAAGUGGGUAGCCCAAAAUCAGGAAGCAGAAAUAAAAAGAAAUCAUUGAGGGCUGGAACCCAGGGAUGGCGAUGAAAAGUAAAAAAGGUAUCCACUGUCAGAAUUGAUUAUUUUCAUUUAGCGGAAAACCUCAAGUCAGACCCAGUGUAGAAUAUGCAGCAGAAAAACUGUGAAGAAAGGAAGCCCACAUGAUCCUAAUGGAGGCUGAUGGAGUGGAGUGGAAGGAGAGUGGAGGAGAGUCUCCAAUACAACUGCCAAGUCAACCCCUAUCGUUUUAUUAAUGCAGAGCCCCCACAGAAAGGGGGGAAGAUUAAGCUAAGAACUCAUAGAAUAAUAACCUGAGCACUCUUUUUGAACCCAGUUGUGGGUGUAGCAAUGAAAGCAAUAUGAUAUGCUGCAGUGUGAAGCUCCUUCGAGGGGUUAUUGUAUGUAUAAAGUUUACCUUAUGCUGGCUCAAAUUGUAUUUAAUUGUUUCUGUUUUGUUUUGUUUAUAAAUGAAGAAAAGCUAUAAGUAUAAUGUAAUUAUUUUAUAGGUAUACUAUUAAAUUAUAGAACAAAUAAAGAUUCUUUAGGAUUAUAUAUGAUCCUGGUGUGAUGUGCCAUAAGAGUGGAAUUUGGAAUUUGUUUUAGUGAGCAACAAAGGGGUUCUGUGUUGUCCAGCCACGGUCAGUUCAAUCCCUAGCCCAUAUCACAUGAUCCCCUUGGCAGCCUGGCAUCUUCAAGGAGAAUCAGAAUGAGGCAUUCAAGAAGCAGGGGUGGUAGAGGUGGCUUAGAGCUGGUCUUUGGGAACUUCCAAGCCUCUUCCUACCAGCUGAAGACAGAACUUUCUGGGUGUACUCUUUGAAUAAGAAAUGCUGAAUGAGGAAGCCUUCAGAAACUUGCUGCAAAUAAAAGUUCAUUGUAAGACUUGUCUUCCUUUCUGUAAUCAGUGCACCAUACUUGUCUUUCACAAGCCAAUUGUCUUGAAUUUUGUGCAUCUUCACAUUUACUUCUCAUGGGUUUCAAUAUUUCUUAAUUCAAAUACUUCUUAGUUUCACAGUGUCACUAAUCAAACUAUCUGCCAUUCAAGAAACUCAAUGAUCAAUAAAAAAUAAAAACCUUCAGAACUUUG